CACUUAGGGUUUAUGAGAGAUUGGAAGCGUUUGAAGCUAGAGAAGACGAAUCCGGUGACAUUGUUGGUUGAAAUCGAGAUAGAAGACGAAGUCGCGUUUUGAUUCUCGUUCCAAUGAGUCAGAAGAUUACGGUGAAGGUGAAAUGUCAUCAUUCUGGCUGCUUCAAGACAGAGGGUGGAGUGUUAAGCUAUGGUGAUGGAAUAGUUGAUGUCUUAGAGGUGGAUUCAUUGACAAUCUUUGAAGAUGUUGUCAUGCAUUUGGUUGCAAAAGACAGUAAUAACGUUGGGAGGAUGUGGUACAAGCUACCUUACGAGGACGUGUCAGACAGGAUCCCUCUGUGGGAGAAUGUUGAGGAGAAUAAGAAGAAGUUGGUUGUAAAACUACCUGGCAGGCUAAACCAGGAUCAAACCAGUUGGCUAAACGAGCAAACCAGGCUAAAGUUGCAAGAAGACGUGUAUUUAAAUGAAUCACCACGCAAAAAGAAAUCUGAAACAAAAGUUGGUCGGGAAGGAAGAAUAGUGCAUUGUGGUCUAUGUGGUGAAGCUGGUCAUAAUUCAAGAAAGUGUCCUCAUGAGUCUCCAGAGAGCAGGGCAAAGAGACUGAAACAAAACGAUAUCCCUCAAUUGGAAGCUCAAGAUCAAGCUGAAAUGGAAGCAGCUUUUGCAGCAAUGGAACAGGCACCUCCUGAGACUCAACCUGAAGUGCAAGAUGUUUCUUCAUCCGCACCUCAGAUUAGCUUUAUCAAUAGGAUACUAUUUGGAUGAGUGGAUGGUAUGUAGAGGGUGUAGGAAUUUUU